CCCUCCCGUACAAGACUGACCGGGCGAGCUCGAGUCGGCGCCGCUUCUCGUCUUCGCCACCCCGGGACUUCGUCCCCUCCAGCAGCCAGCAGCAUGUGGAUUCAGGUGCGAACCAUGGACGGCAAGCAGACGCACCGCCUCGACAACUUGUCCAAGUUGACGAAGAUCGAGGAGCUCCGCGCCAGGAUCCACGAGGUGUUCUGCGUGGAGCCCGACCAGCAGAGGCUCUUCUAUCGUGGCAAGCAGAUGGAGAAUGGACACAGCCUUUUUGACUACAGCGUGGGUCUGAACGAGAUUGUACAACUCCUGGUCCGGCAGACUUCCAGCACAGCAGCGACUGAGAGUGCCGUUACCAUUGUGGCCCCUUCAAACCAACCAGCUAAGUACGGACGCGAUGGGGGCGAGCUGUCCGACACAGACUCGGGUUGUGGCUCUUCUCAGGGCGACUCGGACAAAAACUCCAACGGUGGAGAGCCACCACUCGAUGCCGAGCCUGCCAUUCCAGGAACAUCUACACAGGCCGUCCUCAACCCUGGCUUUGGCACAUACAAGAUUAAUGAGAUGGUGGAUGUCCGAGACUCCAACACUGGGGCCUGGUUUGAGGCAGAGGUUGUAGAUGUAACUCGGGGUUCAGGGGAAGGAGCUGUGCCGAGUGAUGAUCAGGCAAUGUCAUCGUCAACAAAACCUCAAUGCACUGAUGAGAGCACUUCUCAGGACCAUUCGGCUUCAGCGAGAUCGUCAACCUGCAACGAUAUUUUUUACCGCGUAAAAUAUGAUGACUACCCUGAAUAUGGCGUUGUGCGGGUGUGUGAAGGGCCCUACAUUCGGCCACGGGCACGCACGCUAGUGCCUUGGCAGGAUUUGGCCAUCGGAGACGUAGUCAUGGUCAACUAUAACCCAGAUGAGCCUACUGAGCGUGGCUUUUGGUAUGAUGCGCAGAUCCAGCGAAAACGUGAAACCCGUACCCUGCGGGAGCUCUUAGCUCUGGUCAUUAUUGGAGAUGGUGCUGAGGCUCUGACAGACUGCAAGAUACGGUUUGUGGAUGAAGUGUACAAGAUUGAAGAGCCUGGAAAAGCUACUGAGAUCACCAGCAACAGCCCCGUGAAACGGCAGACUGGUCCAGAAUGCAAGGUGUGCAAGGAUGAUCCAAACAAAGAUUGCAGGCACUGUGCUUGCCACAUAUGUGGCGGCAAGCAAGAUCCUGACAAGCAGCUGAUGUGUGACGAAUGCAACAUGGCGUUCCACAUAUAUUGCCUUAACCCACCUCUUCGUCAUAUUCCCAAAGAUGAUGAAGACUGGUACUGUCCUGGUUGUAAGCUAGACGAUGGCGAGGUUGUCCGAGCAGGUGAGAUGCUUAAAGAGAGCAAGAAAAAGGCCAAGAUGCCAUCUGCCACAUCCAACUGUGCACGAGAUUGGGGGAAGGGCAUGGCAUGUGUGGGCCGGACCAAGGAGUGUACCAUCGUGCCGUCUAACCACCACGGCCCGAUCCCCGGGGUCCCAGUGGGCUCCUUGUGGAAGUUCAGGGUGCAGGUGAGCGAAUCGGGUGUGCACAGGCCUCACGUGGCCGGAAUCCAUGGCCGCAGCACGGAUGGCUCCUACUCUCUAGUACUGGCUGGUGGCUACGAGGAUGACGUGGACCGUGGCACUGAAUUCACUUACACGGGAAGCGGCGGACGUGAUCUGUCUGGGAACAAACGCACUGCCGAGCAGUCGUGUGACCAGAAGCUUGCAAAGAUGAACAGGGCUUUAGCACUUAAUUGUAAAGCAGCACUGAAUGACAAAGUUGGAGCGGACGCAAAGGACUGGCGUGCCGGUAAGCCGGUUCGAGUGGUGCGCAGUGCCAAAGGCCGCAAGCACAGCAAGUUUGCACCCGAGGAAGGCAACCGCUACGACGGCAUAUACAAGGUCGUGAAGUACUGGCCAGAGAAAGGAAAGUCCGGGUUCCUGGUUUGGCGCUAUCUGUUGAGGAGGGAUGAUGAAGAGCCUGCGCCCUGGACUAAAGAUGGCAAGGAACGCUGCAAGAUGCUUGGUCUCACCAUGCAGUAUCCAGAAGGGUAUUUGGAAGCCAAGGCCAAUAAGGAGCAUGCCAAUAAUGAAGAGAGUGACGAGGAAGAAGAGUUAUCCCCACCUCUUACGCCCGUACCCGCUCGUGGCACCAGCAAGCGCAAGCGAUCACUAAAAAGCGGCGAUGUUGAGACUCCAACCAAAAGCCCCAAAGUGACACCGAAAAAGGCAAAGGUGGAGGCAUAUAAACUGUCAAGUGAGCAGAGGAAACUAAUCAAGGAAGAUUCCCAGAACAAGAAGCUGUGGGAUGAAGCCAUGGAAUCUCUUUCAGAGGGCACGAAGUUCCUGUCAAAGCUUGAAGAGCUGUGUCUGUGCAUUUGCUGCCAAGAAUUGGUGUGGCAGCCAGUCACCACAGAGUGCCACCAUAAUGUCUGCAAAAGCUGCCUGCAGCGCUCGUUCAAAGCUCAGGUGUACACCUGUCCAGCUUGUCGUCUCGAGCUGGGCAAGUCCAACAGCAUGGCGAUCAACCAGAAGCUGCAAACCCUUCUCAAUCAGCUCUUCCCUGGCUAUGGCAGUGGUCGGUGAUUUCUCAGAUAAUCUUACACAGACCAUGCCGGGCUUACUGGAUUCCUUAUUGUACACACAGGUGGAUCGGCAUUCGUCUUUCGGCCAGUUACUGUUUGAUUGUUGCGCGAGAGGUGGAGAGAACCAGACAUUGUUUCUUUUGUUCUUCUCCACAUUUGUGAGAUACUAAGCAUUUUGCCCAAUUGUAACCCAAAAUUGUUUUAUUUCUUUACCACCGCUGAAUGGUGGUUUUUGCAUAUACAUAUAGAAAUGAAAUUUAACAGAUCUACCUAAAUAUGCGAAACUUUUCAAAUAGGUUGUAUAUAUUUGAUAAACAAUUUGUAGGACCGAUCAUUCAAUAUAUUUCUACAAUUUUGUCGUUCGGCACAAUUUAGGUGUCCCAGGUUAGUUGAUGCCAAAGCCAUGAUUUUACAUUUGUGUAGAUGUGAAAGCAGUUCUUAAUUUAAAACCCAAUCACACUGGAAUCCUUUAAAUUGUUUAGCUUUAAAUAUUUCUGUGCUACACAGCUCUUUAGAAAUUGAUCAAUUCUGCUUAGGUUACCGGAGUUUAAUCUUUUUCUAUGCGAAAUGCGAACAAGAAACCAGCUGGACCACUUAAUAGGUCAUAUUUUCUUACCUAAAUGACACCAGGUAAAAUUGAAGGAAAAAUAGCUUAACUUAGUGUGAGUGAGGAGUCUGGGUGAGAAACUUUGCAAAAGACAAUAGUGAUAUCCUUCAGCUUCUACUGUUGCUGGCUUUUUGACUGUUCGUUUUAAUGUGCCUUCCCCUACUCUAUUGAAACGAAAGGCAUGAAGCCAGCACAGUGUUGCACUAUGGGAGGUGCUUGUGUGUUGGUUUUUAUAAGCUUUUCAGUAGGCUUCCUUCCAACACUCGAGCAGUGAAUUGCAUCUGAUUCCAAACCAGCAAAAUCGUGUGACCAUGUCCUUAAUGGCAUAUUUAUUACUAUCUGCUGCAGGUUUAGGGGUGUGUUUGGAUGAUAAACCUCUGAUGCACAAUGCCAUGAAAACAUGCAAUAAGUGUGCCUAUACUAAUUUCAAUAGAGAUAAAAUAUGUUUUACGAUGUGCAUAUAUGAUGGAAAUGUUUAAAUAAGGCUUUUAUUUCUUUUGCCAUGUCUGUUUUAAGCAUGUUUGUAUUUCUCUUCAGCAGAUCAGACCGUGUUAAUAUGCUACAAACUUGGUCGUUUUAAAUGCAUUGUAUAAAGACGGUAGAUAACAUUUUAGUAUCAACUAUUCAUGGCUGAAUUUUCUACCAUAAAGGUAUUGACGUUUGCUAUUAAAACUUUCAGUGUUUUCCAGAAUGCUAUUUUCAUAUUCCAUUUACACUGCUGGCUGAGCAAAUAAUUUGAAUGUGUUCCUACAAAGCAAUUGGAUAUAUUCCUACUUUGGCAAGAAUGCAUUCAGAAUUAUCAAAAGCAUAUUAUUAGGGGGAUUACUGUCAUGUAACUAUAAUAUGUGAAUUGCAUUUCGUAAAGUUGAAACUACUCGUGCUUUCUAUUGAUUACCAAACUCUUGAAUACAUGCUCUUUUAUUAAAGUUAAUAAUUGGAGAAACCAUUUUUCCCUUGGAUACAGAAUAGUAUAAAUUACGCUUAAUGUUGUCUUAAUGUUCAAUAUAAUAGAUAUCCUCUUAAUACCAUGUUGGAAAAUUGAACAAAGAUUUUUGGUAUAAUUUAUUAACAGUUUUUUAGCCACAACACUUCCAAUUUCCCCGCACCUCUGAUUAGCAUGGUUGGCUACAUACGGUGCGAAAGAAGUUCUAUAUUGUAGGUAUCACAAACACGGAAAUCUGCUACCUCAGCCUAUAGGGGAGAAGAUUUUAUGAUGGAUUAAAACAUCAGCACAUAUACUGCCAAUCAAACUGCCUUUCAUUCUACCAGUUGUGAUAACUUUCAAUUCUUUCUGGAAGUUGUCAAAUAAACUUUACCUAGUUUUUAUGCGACAGCACUGUUGCUGUAAAAAAAAUCAUUUGAGGUGGCAAGAUUUUCAAAUGAGGGUUGCAUUCUUAUUACAUGUAAAAUUGGGAAGUGUAUUAUAUUUAGUACAACUAAUGAGGUAAUAGUUUAAAGUAUUCUAAGAAACACUGCCAACAUAAGUUGAUUUGCAUGUUAAUGGGUGUUUUUGAGAAAUGAAAGUAUCACUUUUCGGUGUCUCCCAUACCUUGCCAUUGUAUGAUGUUACAAUGAUGCCAUUUUUACCAGAGGGAUGCAUUCCAGUUACCUCAUCCCCCUUCAAUUGUCACGACCAGUGUGGCAUUUUCUGUGGUAAUAAGGUCCCUUGAAAAAGUGUAUCAGAUGGUUAAAGAUGGCCCCGGCAAUAUUUUAACUGGUUGUGAGAUGCAUUGAAAGUAGGAGAUGAACCAACAGUUGAAUUUUAUCUUGGUAUUUUGUGCCCACUGCCUCGCCAGAUGAAAAAAGCAAGCCAAUAACUAUUAAAAACACGAUUUUAAACUUAAUUACCAAAUGUGGAAGAUCGUUUCACACUGUGCUUGUUUAACAUUUGCUAAUUUUGAUGGGUGUACCUCAACAUUUGAGACGUUGCAAGCAGCUUGGGGAUUUGCUAUGUUUGAAGUAGCUUGUGUUAGAAAGUCCUUCCCUAUCCUGUUUACGCUUUGUGACGAAGGCUCAUUUUGCUUACUGUAUGUAACUCAAUAUACAUUGAUUUCUGUUUUAUAACUGGUUUAAAUAAAUACCUUAAGUUUCAA